GGAGAGAAGAAGAAGAAGAAGAAGAAGACCCACAGCACUGAUUCCAAAGCUUGACCACACCUCCUGAGUGUGGCUAAAUCAUCAUGUCCAGACUUACAGUAGUGGUGCAGCCAUUUUGUUCAGCCCUGCCAUUCAAUAGUCAAAUCAGACUGAGGCAAAGUUGAACAGAGAGACGGACAAGCUUUGAACAGAGAGACGGACAAGCUUAAAUGGAUUGGGCAUCAGCCUAGUGAUCCGAAACAACUCUUCACACAGCCGGGUGAAAGUUCAACGGUGACAGAAGGGGAUCCCACUCCGAUCUCACCAUGGACUGGAAGACCUUCGAGGCGCUGCUUAGCGGGGUCAAUAAAUACUCUACCGCGUUUGGACGUAUCUGGCUCGCGGUGGUCUUCGUGUUUCGCGUCAUGGUCUUUGUCGUGGCCGCAGAACGCGUCUGGAGUGAGGACCAGAAAGACUUUGACUGCAACACUCGCCAACCCGGCUGCGCCAAUGCCUGUUACGACCACUUCUUUCCUGUCUCCCACACCAGGAUCUGGGCACUCCAGCUCAUCUUCGUCACCUGUCCCACCUUCAUGGUCGUGAUGCACGUGGCGUACCGCGAGGAACGCGAACGCAAGUACCGCAUCACACAUGGUGAAAACGCCCGUCUCUACGACAACACAGGACAGAAGCACGGAGGACUCUGGUGGACAUAUCUCCUCAGCCUCUUCUUCAAAACGGCCAUCGAGGUGGCGUUCCUCUACCUCCUGCAUCUCAUCUACAACAACUUUGACCUGCCGCGCCGCGUCAUUUGCGACCUUUGGCCUUGUCCUAACCAGGUGGAUUGCUACAUCGGCCGGCCCACGGAGAAGAGGGUGUUUACCUACUUCAUGGUAGGGGCGUCGGCUGUGUGUAUAGUGCUCAACGUGUGUGAGAUCUUUUACCUGAUAGCCAUCCGGUUGCUGAGGAUCAGUCAUCGGGGAAGCCUCCAUACCUCCCCCAACAUUAGAUGCUCUGAGCUGGACUGUGAUGGGUGUCAGGCGCUGGCGGAGACAGCAGAGUACCAGGAGUGCAAUGAGGCCAACUUAGCCAUGGAGAAGAAAAGUACAUCUAUAUUUUGAGUCAGACAAUGAAACUUUUUACAAUUUAACUUUUAUUAGAUGACAAAUCUUUAUUGACUAAAUGUUGUCAACUAAAAUCAGAGUUUUAUCAAUACAUUUAUUUUAGUCAAAUGUAAUUGUUAUGGCCACCACCUCACCCUCCCUUACGGACACGCCUCUGUGAGGGUGAAAGACUGACGGACGUUAACAGUUUUUGAAAGUGAUUUGACAGGUCGUGUUCCUCUGCUCAGACUUUGCUGACGAAUACCAGAGUUUACAACACAUGGUCGGUAUUUUACAUGUUAGCUAAGCGCAUCUUAUGCUAAUCUGGUGUCCGACUGCACAGUCGAUGUAACGUCUGAGGAAGGAAACGCAACACUCUGCUCAUCUGAUCUGGUCCCCUGCUUUUUUCUGUAUUGUUUUAACUUUUUAUAUUUACAGUUAAUUUAAUAUUAUCUUAAUUCGUUUUUUCCUUAAUAAUUUCAAGUUUCCUUACAGUGAAAUGCAGGGCAGUGUACAGACCUUUCAUUCAUGUCUUGAACUUCAUAACAUAGACUACUAACUGCCUCUCUAGCGAACAUUUUAAAUAUUUUCAGCAUAGGCCUGUUUAUCUCUGCAACAACACACUCACUCAUUACAAAUUGUAAGCAAGCUAAUUACAGUGCCUCCAAAAGACACGAUUGACAUCUGAAAAAAGGGUAGGCUAUCAGCUGGUUUUUAUUUAAGAAAAUGUCCCCUUUAUUUAUCUAGGCAAGUCAGUUAAGAACAUAUUCUUAUUUACAACGAAGACACUGGGCCAAAUGUGCGACGCCCUGUGGGACUCCCAAUCACAGCCAGUUGUGAUACAGCCACGGUGUCUGUAUUGACGCCUCUAGCACUGAGACGCACUGCCUUAGACCGCUGCGCCACUACGGAGCUGAUCUUUGAUGUUGAUGAUUGAUGGAUAUCUACUAUUCACCUAGCCCAAUUUUUUUUUUUUUUUUUUACUGAUUGUGAUUCAUCUUCAAUGCGAUUAAAUAAUAACUUUAGAAUAUAGCCUAAUAUUUAUAAUCUUCAAACUAAUGAUAUAUGGCUGGCUGGUAAGAGGCUUGUGUGGAUAUUGUAGUAUAUGGUGGUUAGCUAGAGUGUAGACUACCUGUGUUCAGUGCUUCAUUUGUAAAUCUGAAGGUGCCAUAACAAAAAGUGAGGG